GGGGCGGCGGCUCUGUGCUCCUUGCUCCCUUCUCCCCUGCUUAGCGGAGGGGGCUCGUAGCUGGCCGCUUCUCCUGCCCAGCUUCGCCAGCUCGGCCCGAGCCCCGAGCCCCGAGCCCGCGGCCUCCCCGCCGCAGCCGCCGUGCUCAUGGAGCGCCAGCAGCCCGGCCCGGGGGCCAGAGCGGAGGAGGAGCCGGGACCGUCCGCUGCCCGGGAGGCGGGAGCGGCCCCCGGGGACCGGGGGGAAGAGGAGGAAGAAGAGAAAAACGAUCCUCCUUUUCAACUGAAAUCUCCUCCUAAAGCUUGCAGACCUGAAAAGGAAAUCGACUCAGAAUACGAAGAGAAGAUGAAAACAGACCGAGCAAAGAGAUUUGAAUUUCUCCUAAAGCAGACUGAGCUUUUCGCUCAUUUCAUUCAACCUGCGGCCCAGAAAUCCCCAACAUCGCCACUGAAGGUGAAAGUGGGACGUCCCCGAGUGAAGCGUGACGAAAAGCAAUGCCUUCUUUCAGCCGGGGAUUACCGCCACAGACGGACAGAGCAAGAAGAAGACGAGGAGCUGUUGUCCGAGAGUCGAAAGACGUCAAAUGUUUGCGUUCGGUUUGAAGUGUCUCCUUCGUAUGUGAAAGGAGGAACCCUGCGAGAUUAUCAGGUCAGGGGCCUCAACUGGAUGAUCUCGCUUUAUGAAAAUGGAGUUAACGGAAUUCUGGCUGAUGAAAUGGGUCUUGGAAAAACUUUACAAACGAUUGCAUUGCUUGGCUAUCUAAAACACUAUCGGAACAUUCCUGGGCCUCACAUGGUUCUGGUUCCCAAAUCGACUUUACACAACUGGAUGAAUGAAUUUAAACGCUGGGUGCCCUCUCUCCGUGCUGUUUGUCUCAUUGGGGACAAGGAUGCAAGACAUUCCCUUGUUCCACCUGUCAAAAAACAAAAUAAGGCUCGCAAAGGUCACUGGCAGUGGUCCAGCCUUCACAGCUGCCAGGUUUUCAGUACUCGAAGAUGUAGUUCAUCUGGGCCUGGUGUCUUGAACUCAUCAAGGGCAGCUAAGUUUUUGUAUUUGGCUGCUUUCAUUCGCGAUGUAAUGAUGCCAGGAGAAUGGGAUGUCUGUGUCACAUCAUAUGAGAUGGUAAUUAAAGAAAAGUCCGUGUUCAAAAAAUUUAAUUGGCGGUACUUAGUCAUCGAUGAAGCUCACAGAAUCAAGAAUGAAAAGUCCAAGCUUUCCGAGAUAGUUCGGGAGUUCAAGACCACAAACCGGUUGUUACUCACUGGAACGCCAUUGCAGAAUAAUCUGCAUGAGCUCUGGGCGUUACUCAAUUUCUUGUUGCCUGAUGUCUUCAAUUCGGCAGAUGGUUCCAAGAUUAGCCAGCCCCUAACUGCACAUGGCACGUUGCUGCUCCUACUUAUGAGAUAUUGUCCGGAGCAGGCCCAGGAUUUUGAUUCCUGGUUUGACACUAAAAAUUGCCUUGGUGAUCAGAAACUUGUGGAAAGACUACAUGCAGUUUUAAAACCAUUUCUGUUACGACGUAUAAAAGCUGAAGUAGAAAAGAGCCUGCCUCCUAAAAAGGAAGUAAAAAUUUACCUUGGCCUGAGUAAGAUGCAAAGGGAAUGGUACACGCGAAUCCUGAUGAAAGAUAUUGAUAUUUUAAAUUCAGCUGGAAAGAUGGAUAAAAUGCGACUGCUGAAUAUUCUCAUGCAAUUGCGCAAGUGUUGUAAUCAUCCCUACCUGUUCGAUGGUGCUGAACCUGGCCCUCCAUAUACAACUGACACCCAUCUUGUCAAUAACAGUGGGAAAAUGGUGGCUCUGGAUAAACUGUUGUCCAAACUCAAAGAACAGGGGUCAAGAGUUCUCAUUUUUAGCCAGAUGACACGAUUGCUGGAUAUUCUGGAGGAUUACUGCAUGUGGAGAGGUUAUGAAUACUGUCGGCUAGAUGGCCAGACGCCGCAUGAAGAGAGGGAGGAAGCCAUAGAUACCUUUAAUGCUCCUAACAGUACCAAAUUCAUUUUUAUGCUGAGUACAAGGGCUGGAGGUCUUGGAAUUAAUUUGGCGACUGCGGAUGUGGUUAUAUUAUAUGACUCAGACUGGAAUCCACAGGUUGAUCUGCAAGCCAUGGAUCGAGCUCAUCGUAUUGGUCAGAAGAAGCCAGUGCGGGUAUUCCGGCUUAUUACUGACAACACUGUUGAAGACAGGAUUGUAGAAAGAGCAGAGAUAAAAUUGAGGCUUGACUCUAUUGUUAUACAGCAAGGUAGGCUCAUUGAUCAACAGUCUAACAAGUUGGCAAAAGACGAAAUGCUGCAGAUGAUACGUCACGGAGCCACACAUGUUUUUGCUUCCAAAGAAAGUGAACUGACAGAGGAAGACAUUACAACUAUUUUAGAGAGAGGGGAAAAGAAGACCGCAGAAAUGAACGAACGACUGCAGAAAAUGGGAGAGAGCUCUCUUAGAAAUUUCACCAUGGACACUGAAACAAGUUUGUACAACUUUGAAGGUGAAGAUUAUAGAGAGAAACAAAAGCUCAGCAUGAUGGAGUGGAUAGAACCUCCCAAGCGAGAACGCAAGGCCAAUUAUGCAGUGGAUGCCUACUUCAGAGAGGCUUUACGUGUCAGUGAGCCGAAGGUUCCAAAGGCCCCCCGACCUCCAAAACAACCAAACAUCCAAGAUUUUCAAUUCUUUCCACCACGUUUAUUUGAGCUUCUGGAGAAAGAAAUUCUUUAUUAUCGGAAGACUAUAGGUUAUAAGGUGCCAAGGAACCCUGAACUCCCCAAUUCAGCCCAGGCUCAGAAGGAGGAGCAGAAGAAGAUUGAUGAAGCUGAGCCUCACACAUCUGAGGAGACUGAAGAGAAAGAAAAACUUCUCACCCAGGGAUUCACAAACUGGAACAAACGGGAUUUCAACCAGUUCAUUAAAGCUAAUGAGAAGUAUGGGCGUGAUGAUAUAGAUAAUAUCGCCCGAGAGGUGGAGGGCAAAUCACCAGAGGAGGUCAUUGAAUAUUCAGCCGUGUUUUGGGAGCGUUGUAAUGAGCUACAAGAUAUUGAAAGAAUCAUGGCCCAAAUUGAACGAGGAGAAGCUCGAAUUCAGCGACGCAUCAGUAUCAAGAAAGCCCUGGAUGCCAAAAUCGCGAGAUACAAGGCGCCAUUUCAUCAGCUGCGCAUUCAGUAUGGGACCAACAAAGGGAAGAACUACACUGAAGAGGAAGAUCGAUUCUUGAUUUGUAUGCUACAUAAAAUGGGCUUUGACAAGGAAAAUGUGUACGAAGAGUUACGUCAGUGUGUGCGCAAUGCCCCUCAAUUCAGAUUUGAUUGGUUUAUCAAAUCGAGAACUGCCAUGGAAUUCCAGCGUCGCUGUAAUACUCUCAUAUCAUUGAUUGAAAAAGAAAACAUGGAAAUUGAAGAAAAAGAAAGAGCUGAAAAAAAGAAACGGGGAGUAAAAGGGCCAAUGACCCAGAAGAGAAAGGCGGAGCCCACUACUGAGAUCUCUGGCAAGAAGGAUGCCAAGAAGGUGAAGUCGUAAAGCCUAGAAAUAGUGUUAACUGAGGAUUGUGUACUCCCCUUCUCCAGCCUCCCCAGCCUCAUCCUCUUUCUGGUCAAAAUAUUAAUUGCUAGUUUCUAUCGUAUUCCCAAUAACUAACCAAAAGUCUCUUGCUAGUUCUAAUUUUUUGCAUAUUUUAUAUCUUUUAAUGAUGCUUUUUACCUGAACUGUGUAGCGUUCUCCUUUAUUCAUUCCCCAAAUUUUUGUGUACCUGUAGCUUCGUGAAUUUCAUGCCUUCCUCAAAACGCCCCCCCCCCCCGCUACCCCCACCCUGCCCUUGUUCUUUCGAAGCUUGUGCUGAGGUUUUAGCUUUUCUAUGUUUUGUACGCUACCACUGCUUUGAAAAAGAGCCUAGAUUCUAUAGUUGUAUCAUUGUUCUUUCAUACUUAAAAUUUAUAUGGCUGUGGGCAAAUGGAAUUAAAAUGAUUUGAGGAGAAAUAGACUUCUGACUUCUUUGUUGCUUUCUUUUCUAUGGAGUAUAAGCUGCAGUCUGUGAUUAGCAUAAUAAUUGUUUCUUUGAGGUCAUCUAA